GCAAGAUGUAUUAAGCUCAUUUUCAAAUGCAGUACAGCACCAUGACAAGCAACAAACAUGAAGGCCUGAAGCUGAAGCGGGAGGUAGGGUUAAUUAGUGCGAUCUCUCUGGUCGCAGGCACUAUGAUAGGAUCGGGGAUCUUCAUGUCCCCUCAGUUUGUGAUGUCUAAUGUUGGAAGCCCUGGAGCGAGCUUGAUCAUCUGGGCUGUGUGUGGCCUGGUGACUCUAUGUGCUGCGCUCACUUAUGCAGAGCUCGGUACCAUGUUCAGAGAAUCUGGAGGUGAAUUCAUAUACGUCCUGAGAAUAUACGGACCCUUACCUGCAUUUUUUGUGGCAUAUACGUUCACAAUUGUGGUGAAACCAGCAGGUAUUACAGCUGUAGCCUUGAGUUUAGCUCAGUAUGCUGUCGCUCCAUUUUAUCCAGGCUGCAUGCCACCUACAUUAGUGGUGAAAUGUUUAGCAGCAGCGUGCAUUUUAGUGGUGGCGACCAUCAACAUGCUGAAUGUUCGCUUUGCCAUGACCAUUCAGGUUAUCUUCCUAGUGGCUAAAGUGGCGGGGUUGAUGGUGAUUGUUAUAGGUGGAAUCAUGACCAUGGCCCAAAAUGGCUUAGAAACCCUUGGAAAUCCAGACAUUGCCUUUGAGGGUACAACUUUGGGGAUCAGUACCAUUGGAAUGGCUUUGUAUCAGGGACUCUGGUCUUUUGCUGGAUGGUACAAUUUAAACUUUGUUCUUGAAGAGGUGAAAAAGCCAGAGGUAAAUCUCCCACGAGCGUUAAUGAUUGCCAUCCCAAUGGUAACGAUCCUCUACCUGCUGGUCAAUAUCAGUUAUUUGGCUGUCAUGACUCCUAGAGAGAUGAUGACAUCGAGUGCUGUAGCAGUUACAUGGGGCAAUAAGGUGCUGGGCAGCUGGGGAUGGGUGAUGUCUAUUGCAGCAGCAUUAUCUUCUUUUGGCACACUGAAUGGCUCGUUCUUCAGUGGAGGACGAAUUUGCUUUGUAGCUGCACGAGAGGGUCACAUGCCUAACAUCCUGUCUAUGGCCCAUGUGCGUCGCCUCACACCCUCUCCAGCUCUUACGUUUACCAGCAUCAUUGCCUUCAUUGUGCUCAUUCCUGGAGACUUCCAGGGAAUAAUCAACUUCUUUAGCUUUACAUCCUGGUUCUUUUAUGGAGUUACGAUAUCUGGACUACUCUAUCUGAAAAUCAAAAGGUCUGAACUUCCAAGUACAUACAAGGUUCCUAUUUUUAUCCCCAUCCUGGUAAUUCUGGUGGCUUUGUUUCUGGUUCUAGCUCCUAUUAUUGACGAUCCUCAGCUCGAGUACCUAUAUGUCACCCUCUUCAUUCUAAGUGGAGCUUUAAUUUAUUUUCCAUUCAUUCACUUCAGGCUGUGUCCACACCUGCUGGACAAACUCACAGUGUUCCUGCAGCUCUUCCUGGAGGUAGCGCCAGCUAACAAAAAUGUAUAAAACCCCACAUCAGACUGACAGGCAGACUUUUUAGCCUCUUGUUCUGAUAAGCUCUGGGGCUUUAUAAUAAUUUGUAACAGCUUUAGUACUAAUGCUUUCUUAAUAUUGUUAACAUUUAGUCCGUCUUUGCAUUUGGGCAUUUUUCGUUUUUGUGAGUUUGUUAAAAUAUCAAUAAUAUGCUGUGUUGUAUGAUGGCACCACUAGAAAUUGCCAAACUUGUUUGUAAAAAUAUAAUUUACAAUACAUUUUUGUAGCUGGA